CGGUGACGCAGCCCGCCGAGGAGCUGUCGUCCCGUCGCUGCGUCAGGCCGCACGUCCACUUCCAUGCUGUCGAGCACGGCCGUGUGACGACAUCGACGCGACGUUGCGUGCGGGGUUUUUUUUUGUCUACCAGGUAGUUUUGCCUUUUAGUUGGAAAACCACAUUCGCGUUCCCGCAGAAAGCAUCUGGAGGAAAUCGGAUCAGGAUUGUAUUAAUUCCGACGCAAAAGCCUCGACGAGAGUGCGACUUUUGCGCCUUUUUUUUUGUUUCCUCUCCACUGUGUAAUCGUCCCAGAAAUGGUGGGACAUCUUCACUUGCAGGCGAUGGAUGAAAGUCUCAAAGGAAAGAACCGGGAAGGGCUGCUUGACAGCCCGGAUUCGGGGCUGCCGCCCAGCCCCAGUCCGCCCUUCUGCUCCCUUUCCCCGGCGCUCAUAGAGCCGCGCGGCGACAGCUGCACGACGCCCGUGGAGAACCAGCAGGCAGCCUGGAAGAAGGAGCACAGUCGGGAAGGAAAACUACUGCCUUACCUGCUGCUCAACACCACAGGAACAGACCCCAGGACUCGUAUGCUCCCCGUCUUCUAUGGCGAGGGCAUCGAGGUCGACCCCAAACCUGAGCAGGAAAUCAAGUGUACCUCAGCGGUGCGGUACGACUCGGACAAGCACUACAGAGACAACGUGUACUGCCUGCCCGUCCCCACCGCCAUGUCCUACAGCGAGACGGUGGUGGCGGUGCCCAACUGCACCUGGAGGAGCUACAAGUCCCAGGUCUACCUGGAGCCGCGGCAGAAGGCCAUCAGUUACCAGAGCACCACCAUCGUGUACCCCAAACAUGCCAAGAACAUUUACCGCACCACGCUCUCCUACAAGGCCUCCACCUCCCGCCGCUGGUUCGUCUCCAGAGUGCGACUGGAGUCCAACGAGGAGUCUAGUCCGUGUAUCAUUUACACAGAGGACCUGUAGGCGCGCACACACACACAAACACACACACACACGGGGCUGCCUUUUUCUUUGCCGACUGCAGGCCUAAAAAACAUUUUUUUCUUCUCACCCCGGAGGGAACUUUGACAUUUUUUUUGAACAUUUUCUUUUAGCAUUUGGAACUUUCUACUGAUGCGGUCUUUAAAAAGGAUUGUCUUAUUAAAUCACCUUUGCUGCAGAAUGGAUGGACCUCAGUGAAGUAAAUCGUCAACAAAUGACACCAGCUGGCGCGUCCUGAUCCUCCAAUCAGAAGCCUUCUUGCACUCCCUCUUGAUGCGACGUUUGAACAGUUUUUUUGGACCAAAGUUUAACUAGCUCUGUGAGACCACUGCCCCCUGUUGCCAGACGGAACAUGACAUUUUUUCAGUACUAUAAAUCGCACUUAAAAUCCUCCAUUUCUCAAAAAUCGACAGUGCGCCUUAUAACCCGGUGCUCUGGUUGUGCUUACCGACCUCGAAGCAAAUUUUUUUGGUACAUGGUGUAAUAAGUGACCAGUAGAUGGCAGUCACACAUAAGAGAUACGCGUAGACUGCACGCCUGUUCAAUAAAUGGCACUAGCAAGUACCCGUAAGCAAGCAAUGCCAAAACGUCGAUGUUGCAUUGAGAAUAUUGAACAUUACACACGGCGCUCAACAAUCUGAUGGAACGCGGAGCAUUACGUCUAGGGCUGCAACUAACAAUUUGAUGAUCGAUUAAUCUGUCGAUUAAUCGAUUAAAAAUCGGAUAAAAGAGACAAACUACAUUUCUAUCCUUUCCAGUAUUUUAUUUAAAAAAAACAGCAUACUGGCACCAUACUUAUUUUUGAUUGUUUCUCAGCUGUUUCUACAUGUUGCAGUUUAUA